CUUCCCUUUAACGUCAUCAUUCUGCGCCAGAAAGACUCACUCUUGGCGCCAAAGACUAACUGCAUCCCUACGCACUUUUGCUGCAUAAAAAAAUAACAGCAAAAAAAUUUUUUAUGACAGCUGUUGAAAAUGGAUAUUCGCAGAUUCUUCGCACCGAAGCCUGGCCAAGACAAAGGAAGAGGAAGCAGCAGCACUGAUGAAGAGCCCAAGAAUAAAAAGAAACCCGCUUCCAAGACAACAAGCUCCACGUUGGAACUAAAACGAUCAGCAAAAAGGAAAAAGAGGGUCAUCGCUGAUUCAGAUGAGGAGGAAGAGGAGAAGAAAGGAAAGAAAAGUCCUAAAGAGAAGCCUUCAGCAUCUGGGAAGAAAGAUCCAGUGACUUACGUGUCGGAUUCAGACUCCGAUGAAGCCUUUCUGUCUCUGAAAAAGCCCUCGAAGCACAAAGAGAACACCUGCAGCAAAGACAAGAAGGACUCAGGUCCGAAGGAGACGAAAGCCAAGCAGGUUAAAACGCCACCCGUUCAAUCCCCGAGCCCGAAGGAGAAGGAAGCGACGAAGAAGAACGUGCGCAGCCCGACUCCACCCAAGUCGUCGACCGCACCCAAACACACCCCCACAUCCGUGCUCGAUUACUUUGGCAACUCGGCAGCCAGGAGAUCUGACACGAAGCUAGUGGCCGGUACGAGCACCAAGAGGAAAGCGCCCACAGGAGAUCCCGAGGAACCACGCGACGAUGCCUCCAUCGCGAAACAGCUACAGAUGGACGAGGACAUGGAGUUGGAGAAACAGAUCCAUGAAGAUGAGGAGUUUGCUCGAACCCUGGCCAUGUUUGAUGAAGCCCCUCAGCCUAAAAAGGCUCGUUUGGACUCUCAUUCGCCCUCCAAGAUCAGCACACGGGCAAAAACCAAGUCUUCGCCCAAGCAGCCUUCACCGAAGAAGAGUCCUGUCAAAGCCAGUUCCAAACUAGCAAUGAUGAAGAAAAGAGCCGACGAAGAGGAGCAACGGCAGAAGAGCGAGGAGGAGAAGAAAAGCAAACGUUUCAUCUCCCCGAAGAAAGAGCCAAUCGCACCAGCUUCAUCCGAGACAGCGGCCACGCCUAAAACAGGCGUUUCAGCAGGACGCCCAAAACGCAUUUCCACACCCAAGAGUGAAGGAGGAAGUACCAAGACCUCUCCUACAAAACCAGAGACCAGCCCAGAAGACGCGGAGAAGAAGCGUGUGAAUUCUACAGCGUAUCGAAACUACCUGAACCGAGAAGGACCUCGUGCACUGGGCUCUAAAGAGAUCCCACAGGGAGAAGAGAACUGUCUGGAAGGCUGCGUGUUUGUGUUAACUGGUGUUUUGGAGUCCAUGGAGAGGGACGAUGCUAAGUCUCUAAUAGAACGCUACGGUGGGAAAGUCACAGGAAACGUCAGCAGGAAAACCAACUACCUGGUGCUGGGACGAGACAGCGGAGCCUCCAAGACCGAGAAGGCACAGAGUUUUGGCACCAAGAUCCUAAACGAGGACGAGUUACUGGAUUUGAUCCGAACCAAACCGGGCAAAAAGUCCAAAUACGAGAUUGCUGCAGAAGCUGAGAGUAAAGCCUCUAAAUCGAGGACCCCAGACCCUAAAGGCAAACGCACUCCUAAGGGCCGCAAAGUCACGCCCCGCAAAUGCUCCGCAAGCAAGAGCAGUCCCUCACCGUCUUCCUCAUCGACCCCUGGAACCUCCAGAACUUCCCGCCAAGGCUCUUCGUCCGAGGUCAGGAAGACUCUGGAAUUUGGUGCAGGAAAAAGCACGGACGAUGGCGGCGGCAGCAGCUUGCUGUGGGUGGAUAAGUACCGCCCCCGCACUCUGAAGAGUCUGAUAGGGCAGCAGGGGGAGCAUAGCUGUGCCAAUAAACUCCUGAGAUGGCUGAAAGACUGGCAUAAAAGACACAGCGGCGAUGCAAAACCAGCAGCUGCUCGCUUUGGGAGGUUUGGAGGUAAGGAUGACGGUUCCGGGUUCAAAGCCGCUUUGCUCUCUGGACCUCCUGGUGUAGGGAAGACCACCACUGCUGCUCUCGUGUGUGAGGAGUUAGGUUACAGUUACGUGGAGAUGAACGCUAGCUGCACCCGCAGCAAGAACAGUCUGAAAGAAGUCAUCGCCGAGUCUCUCAAUAACACAAGCAUCAAGAAUUUCUACACAGGUGCAUCUCAGACAGUCAGCAAUAAACACGUUCUCAUCAUGGACGAGGUGGAUGGCAUGGCAGGAAAUGAGGACAGAGGAGGAAUACAGGAAAUGAUCGGUCUGAUCAAAAGUACUAAGAUCCCCAUUAUCUGCAUGUGCAACGACCGGAACCACACGAAGAUCCGCUCGCUCGCCAACUACUGCUUCGACCUGCGUUUCCAGCGGCCUCGUGUGGAACAGAUCAAGGGAGCCAUGAUGUCCAUCGCUUUUAAAGAAGGUUUAAAGAUCCCACCGCCGGCACUCAAUGAAGUCAUUCUGGCGUCCAAUCAGGACAUUCGACAGGUGCUGCAUAAUUUGAGUAUGUGGUCAGCCACAGACAAGGUCAUGACCUACGACCAGGCGAAAGCUGAUGCUAACAAGGCCAGGAAGGACAUGAAAAUGGGACCGUUUGACGUAUGCAGGAAAGUGUUUGUUACAGGCGAAGAGACCGCCCACAUGACCCUGAUUGACAAGUCAGACCUUUUCUUCCACGAUUACUCCCUGGCGCCGCUGUUCGUCCAAGAGAACUACAUACAUGUCCGGCCGGCCGCCGCAGGGGGGGACCUAAAGAACCACUUAGUGCUGCUGAGCAAAACGGCAGACAGCAUCUGCGACGGAGAUUUAGUGGACCGACAGAUCCGCUCUCGUCAGGUCUGGUCUCUGCUGCCCACGCAGGCAGUCUAUGCCAGUGUGCUGCCGGGGGAACUGAUGCGGGGGUAUAUGAGUCAGUUCCCUACGUUUCCCAGCUGGUUGGGCAAGUUUUCAUCCAGGGGAAAACACAGUCGCAUCGUACAGGAGCUGUCAUCACACAUGAGUCUGAAGACACUGAGCAGUAAGGAGGCAGUAAAUCUAGACUACCUGCCCUACCUGCGUUCUGCUCUGCUGGAGCCUCUGCGUUGUCGCGGGGCAGAAGGAGCCACUCAGAGCGUGACGCUCAUGGACGACUACAACAUCAUCAAAGAGGAUUUUGACAGCAUCAUGGAGAUCAGUACGUGGGGUGGACAACCAGAUCCCUACUCCAAGCUUGACUCCAAGGUGAAAGCUGCAUUCACACGGGCUUAUAACAAGGAGUCCCACUUAACGCCGUACUCACUGCAGGCACUAAAGAAAGGUCGCAGAGGCACAGUGGACACUGAACAGGCUUUAGACCCUGAUAAUGACCUCCAGACACAGGAAGAGGAAGAGGAGGACACACUUACUGUUGAUGCCAUGAUCAAGCAAAAGAAGGCAAAAGUGACAAAAGAGGUCAAAAAGGAGAAAGCAGAGGAUUCUGGAAAGGGUAAAGGAAAAGGCAAAGGAAAAGGCAGGAAGUGAAAUGUGGUCUGCAUUGAGAAGAGAUGCAGAAAGACAUAUUGUAAACAAAUGCUCGUUCCUCCUCUGUGUUUAUGAACUCUUGAUGGCAGGCGGCAAAGAUCAGACCUUCAUAAGGCGAUCGAAAGGUCAGUAUUAACAAGGAACGAGGGUGGAUAGAGGAGGCGUUUUCAGCAAUUAAAAACGAGUGGGUGACCAUUCCAUCAUCUCUCACUCGACUGGAUGAAAAGGACGAUACAAACAGGGAGCGCACACACACACUAGCACUCAUUGAAAUACACAGAGUAAAAUGUGAAACUAUGUUCAACAUCAAACAUCUCUCAUCUCAGCCCUUCCUUUCAUUACCCCUCGAUUUCUUAUCCACUCGCAGCUCUUCUAAGGUUCAUAAGCACUUUUGCUUAAAGAAGGCUUCCCGAAGACGACGCACAUUCGAGCUGUAAAUAAACACGUGCGCAGUUGAAAUCGUAUAUACUCUGAUAUCUAGCUUUUUUAAAUGGAAAUGUUUCUUACACACUGACAGUGCGAUGUACUGGACUGUAGCAUAGACUGUACAUGACUGGAUUUUCAGCGAGCAAUUAAAGAGUGAGUAAUGUCA